AUGUCUGCAUCGGAAUCUGAAGAUACUUUCUUGAAGUGCUCGAAGUGUGACGAUAAUUUUACUGAUGGAGUGCAUUGCAGUGCGUGCAACAAAUACCAACACUUUCAUUGCGCUGGGAUCACCGAAAAAGGAUACCGUCAAUUAGGCAGCAGGAAAAAUGUAUGGCGAUGCUACAAAUGUAAGCAACCUCCUGUAACAUCAGAUGGUAACUAUGAGACGCUUCUGAAGGAAAUAAAAGCUAUCGGCGUAAGGUUGAUGCCGCUUGAUUCUUUGGUCCUGGAAGUGCAGAAGCUUCGAGCGGAUCUUUCUGAACUGAAGACUACAGCAGAGGCUACUGAAAACACCAUUAAGGAAUUUUCAACGAGGUUCACAAAGGUUGAAAGCCGUUUAAAACUUCUCGAGAAUGCAAAGACUGAACAGGCCGCUAUGAAAUCCCAAGUGGAAAAAAUUGUAAACGAUCUCAAUGAAAAGGAACAAUGGGAUCGCAUGAACAACAUCGAGUUGAAGGGCAUUCCCCAAAACAAGAAUGAAAACUUACUGGACUUAGUGUGCUCACUGGGUAACAAGAUCCAAUACCCAUUGUCUAAGACGCAGCUCAACUUUGCAACGCGUGUCCAGACACGUGACCCGGACCACAUUAAACCUGUUAUUGUCUGCUUUAACAAUAGAUAUGUAAAAGAUUUUAUAGCAGCGGCCAGAGCAGCAAUUAAAACAUCUCCAAUUGUGCCAUCUCAGCUGGGCCUACAAGGUCGUUCUAACAUAUAUGUGAAUGAUCAUCUUACUAUUCAAAAUAAAACACUAUUAACAAACGCCAAGAAGCUGGGCAAAGAACAGGGGUUUCAGUACACUUGGGUGAAGAAUGCAAGAAUUUUCCUUCGAAAAAACGAUUCUUCUCCUAUCAUAACUAUAAGAACACCCAAAGACCUUUCAAAAAUUUCGUCGCAGUAA